AUGGCUACUCAACCAUAUCUUAAUCAACAAAUGCUUCGCUAUCAUCCUCACCUAGUUUAUUAUCCUCGCCUAGUUUAUUAUCCUUACCCAGUUUAUUAUCCUUCAAAUUUUGUACAAAAUUCAUGUAUGCCUGCAAAUAAUUCACAAUUUAUCAUUCUUUCAUCAAUUCCUUUUGUUCAAUCGCCGAAUGAAAAUAUGAAUAAUUAUCCAAGUGAACUUUCACAAGAUGAUAAUUGUCUAACAUAUGCUGGAGGAAACAAUAGUCUUCUAUCGGAAUCAACUGUUGAUCCAGAAAGAAUUCUUUCAACUGAUUCAAUAUCAACAAGUUCUGCAAUAGCACAAAUACCACUACUAAUGUCUGUGAAAGGAUCACUACUCGAACAACCACCAUAUGAGAAUCCUGCUUUACAAAAAUCAGCUCAACAUACAAUAACUGAUCAAUUAACUGUAUCAACAUCUCAACCUUCGACUGCACAAAAUAUGAAACAAUUAAAUUCAUAUGGAUCAACAAUACCAUCAGUAUCUACACACAUACGGCAAAGAAAAUUAAUACCUAUUAUUGAUCCAGUAUCACAUAUUCCAAUCGACGUUUCUACACAAUCAAUAAAUCCAUCAAUAACAGAGUUAUCAUCAUCUACAAACAUAGAAAAUGAAACAUAUCCAAUGAAAUCAGCAACUACAGAUUCAGUUAUAUCAAAUAUAAAAUCUACAAUUGAUAAAAGUAAAACACAAAUUCAAGUCGAUUCUCAACCAGAAAUGACUAUCGAAUUAACUGAUUCUUCCAACGCUUAUAUAGAACAGUCUGAUGAUACAAUGCUUGCAUUCAAUGAACAAAUUAGUUCAUAUCAACCGAUAUCACUAUCAACAUCAUCAUUAUCGACCACAGUAUCAGUAGAAUGUAUUACAUCUCCAUCAGCAACAACAAUAAUAAAUAAUGAUAAAUCUCAAUCACAAGCAAAACAACGUUUACAGUAUAAUCGUGAUGAACUUUUAUGUAUUCGAGAUAGUUUAACAUCAUUUCCAAUGCCGAAGAAUCUUCCUAAUCUUAAAAUUAUUAUUAAUCGAAGUAAUCAAAGUAAAAUUGCUGGUAAUAAUAUAACCUUACAUGAUAUUGAAUCAUUAUUGGAUAAAAUCACACCACAAACAUAUGAUGAAUUAAAAAGAAAACUGCAAGCAUUACACAUUGAUUGUUAUGAACGAUUAAAAGAAAUGGUUAUGUUAGUUUAUUCUAAAGCUGUUAAUGAACCAGCAUCUACUUUUCUAUAUGCAUAUUUAUGUAAACACCUUGAAAAUAAAAAAGUCAUUUCACAUAAUAAAAAUGAUCAUGUAGUAAUAAAUAGCUUUGGUCAAAUAUUAUUAAUACAUUGUCGAAAAGAAUUUGAAAAUGCUUGUAGACAAGAUAUUGAACAAGAAAAACAAAAAGCUGAAAGUGAAAGUGUAAUAGAUAAAGAAAAUCCUAAAGAAGAAGAAGAAGACUUUAUUAAAGCUAAACGAAGAUACUUAGGAAAUAUUAUUUUUAUGGGUAAAUUAUAUAAAUUAAAGAUGUUACAUAAUGCUGUUAUUACUGUAUGCAACUGUAUUGAAUAUUUACUACGUGAUAAAACUAAUGAAGAAAAUCUUGAAUGUUUAUAUCAUUUUUUAUGUAUAAUUGGUAAAAAACUUGAUGAUAAAGCCAAUAUAAAAGCUGGAUGGGUUGCUUGUUGUGCAAAAACUAAACCAACACUAGUUGAUGAAAUUUGUGAACAACAUCAUGAUCAAAAUUAUGAUACUAUUAUUAGUAGUGCAUCUAGCGGAAAUAGUCAACAACAGUAUGAUGAUGAAUGUAAUAGUGGAAUUAAACAAAAAUCGAACAAAAAUGAAGAUAAAAUAGAUAAUUAUUUUAAUCUUGAUACUUUAACAUAA